CGUAACGAAGAAGGAAAGACCACGCUAACUUCCGGAUUUGUGCACUGAUGACGAGCAGCCUGAGCUAGCAACGGUGACGCAGGCACAAACGAAGUCGGGAGUGAAAACGUUUCAGUGUACUGAAAGGGUUGGUGCCCUCAUAUUGUCAGCUGACCCGCUUGGUCGAGCGUCCUCCGCCGCCCAUAUAGGCGCAAGCGUGUAACGCGGACGGUGCGGGCGCGCAGCAUCAGACGUCAUCAUGGUGCUCGCCGAUCUGGGACGCAAGAUCACAUCGGCGCUGAGGUCCCUCAGCAAUGCCACCAUCAUCAAUGAAGAGGUCCUCAACUCCAUGCUGAAGGAGGUGUGCGCCGCCCUCCUGGAGGCCGAUGUCAACAUCAAGCUGGUCAAGCAGCUGCGAGAGAACGUCAAGGCCGCCAUCGACCUGGAGGAGAUGGCGUCGGGUCUGAACAAGAGGAGGAUGAUCCAGCACGCCGUCUUCAAGGAGCUGGUCAAGCUGGUGGACCCUGGCGUGAAGGCCUGGAUGCCCUCCAAAGGCAAGAACAACGUCAUCAUGUUUGUGGGCCUGCAGGGCAGCGGCAAGACCACAACUUGCUCCAAGCUGGCGUAUUACUACCAGCGCAAAGGCUGGAAGACGUGCCUCAUAUGUGCCGACACAUUCCGAGCCGGCGCUUUCGAUCAGCUCAAGCAGAACGCCACCAAGGCCAGGAUACCCUUCUACGGCAGUUACACAGAAAUGGAUCCAGUGGUGAUCGCUGCGGAGGGCGUGGACAAGUUCAAAGGCGAGAACUUUGAGAUCAUCAUCGUAGACACCAGCGGACGCCACAAACAGGAAGACUCGCUCUUCGAGGAGAUGCUGCAAGUCUCCAACGCCGUGCAACCCGACAACAUCGUCUACGUGAUGGACGCGUCCAUUGGUCAGGCCUGCGAGUCUCAGGCCAAAGCCUUCAAAGACAAAGUGGACGUGGCCUCAGUCAUCGUCACCAAGCUGGACGGCCACGCCAAAGGAGGCGGAGCUCUCAGCGCGGUGGCGGCAACCCGCAGUCCCAUCAUCUUUAUCGGCACGGGCGAGCAUAUUGACGACUUCGAACCCUUCAAGACACAGCCGUUCGUCAGCAAGCUCCUCGGCAUGGGUGACAUUGAGGGCCUGAUCGACAGAGUCAACGAACUCAAGCUGGAUGACAACGAGGAGCUGAUCGACAAGCUCAAACACGGCCAGUUCACCCUCAGAGACAUGUAUGAGCAGUUCCAGAACAUCAUGAAGAUGGGGCCCUUUGGACAGAUCAUGGGUAUGAUUCCAGGCUUCGGAACGGACUUCAUGAGCAAAGGAAACGAGCAGGAAUCCAUGGCCAGGCUGAAGAAACUCAUGACCAUCAUGGACAGCAUGAACGACCAAGAGUUGGACAGCAAGGAUGGCGCCAAGCUGUUCAGCAAGCAAGCAAACCGCAUCCAACGGGUGGCCCGCGGGGCGGGCGUGGCCACGCGGGACGUCCAAGAACUUCUCACCCAAUACACCAAGUUCGCCCAGAUGGUCAAGAAGAUGGGCGGCAUCAAAGGCCUGUUUAAAGGAGGUGACAUGUCCAAGAACGUCAACCCUUCACAGAUGGCCAAGCUCAACCAGCAGAUGGCCAAGAUGAUGGACCCCCGUGUGCUUCACCAUAUGGGUGGCAUGCAAGGCCUGCAGUCGAUGAUGCGCCAGUUCCAGCAGGGGGCGGCAGGAAACAUGAAAGGCAUGAUGGGAUUCAACAACAUGUGAGCUGCACGGAUGCCACCGCGACAACCAGCGUCCUCUGGAUGGAAGAGCUUUUUUUUUUUAAAUUCCAUGAAGAUGCUGUGUCUCGGCUGGACGAUGGGCGUGGCAAAUAAACUUUCUAUUGGUCCAUUAAUCUGGUCCUGCAAUCGGAGGUCAUGUGAGCUGAGUGGUCAUAAAUCAUGAAAGUUUUCACAAUGAAAUAAAUUUUCCAUUCUCAAAUCGGC